GAAUUGAUUGCCACCAUGUUCAAUACGAUUAGUGUACGAGAUGAGUGGCGGGAUUCUGUAACUCGUUAGCGACGAUUAUCGCUGUCGUUAACGUAUUCUACCGACGAUUGUCGCUAGUGGUUAUUCUGUACGCGGUAGGUAUCGAUAUUUGUCGUUACAUCGAAUCGCUAAGUUCCGAAAAUUGUCGAAAGGCAAGCGAUGCAUUCGAACGCCUCGCUAAGGCCUAACGAUAAUCGUUAACCAUCAUCGACAGUCAGUGACAUCAAGCAAAACGACAAGUACUCGAGUGAGAAUUGUACGGAGAGUUUUUUUUACACACGUUUUGACAAAUAAAGUUGAUUGAAAUAUUAAUAUUUCAAUAGUUACUUAUAAGUAAACACAUACCCGCCAACACCAAGAUUAUAUCGCCAAACAACAACAAGUAAUCGAAAUGGCUAAUGGAUAUCUUUCCCUUUAUUUAGUCGCUUUAGAAAACCGUUUCCAACUAUUAGAGCGAAGAGUGGAGAGGCAAGCCUUGCGUGAGACACAAGACCUAUUCGAUUUAACUGUCACUGAAUUUACGGAACGGUACCGUUUGACGCCAGAGUUAAUGUCAAACCUUGUAGAUUUAUUAGCACCUCAUCUGCAGCACACCAGAAUCACGGGAUUAUCUGUAGAAAAACAGAUAUUAUCAACAGUACGAUUUUAUGCCACUGGCUGUUUUCAACGUCCUGUAGGAGAGCAAUGGGGAAUAACAAUGAGCCAGCCAUCAGUAAGUCGAUGCAUACACAGAGUGACUGAUGCCAUCAAUGAACACAUAUUUCGUCAGUGGAUACAAUUUCCCAUGACUAUGGAGGCCAGGCAGCAAGCAAGACAACAAUUUCAAACUGCUUCCCAACCAUUUGAUGGAGCUAUAGGAGCGAUAGAUUGCACCCAUUUGGCAAUACUUGCUCCUAAACAGCACGAGGAGGCUUAUAUUAAUCACCAUGGGUAUCAUUCUUUAAAUGUGCAAAUGAUAUGCGACUCAAAUUUAAAAAUCCUCAACGUCAAUGCAAGAUAUCCAGAAGCAAGGCAUGACGCGUAUAUAUGGAGUGCCUCUGCUGCACGUAGCGUUAUGGAAAGGGCUUAUCAACGCGGCGAUCGGAAAACAUUCCUCAUCGGUGACCAAGGAUACCCGUUGGAACCCUGGCUACUUACUCCUUUGCCACAUGAACCUGUAGAAAAUCCACGCUUUCGAUACAAUGAGGCCCUUUGCAGUGCAAGAAAUUGUAUCGAGCGACUAUUCGGCGUAUUGAAAAGUACCUGGCGGUGCCUUCCAAAACACUGAGUCCUACAGUAUGAUCCUGGCACAGCGGGAAGAAUUGUUAACGCAUGUGCAGUUUUGCACAAUAUGCGCAUUAAUCACCGGUUACUCAAUGACGAUGUAUUGGAUGACGUCAUCCAUGAAGAAGACGAUGUAAACCAUGCUGAUGAAUAUGAUUUUCAUCCAGAUGCUGACA